AUGUUCGGUCCCCUCGAGUCCAACGGCGCUGGACACGCCCCGUCGGUUGACGUCAAGUCUUUCGUCCGCGAAGCUGAUACUGGUGAUGCCACUGCGGACAAGCCCUUUGCAGAAAAGCACAAAGACGGAACCGACAACACGGCCAGCGACAUCAACACCACCGAUUCUUUCGACGUAGGGCGGCCCCAGAGCGACGGGAAGAUCCGGGCCUCUCUCGUCCGCAAGUUCGACCGCCGGCUCGUCCCCGCCAUGUUCCUGGCCCACCUGCUCUUCUUCCUCGACAAGAGCAACAUCGCCCUCGCCCGCAUCAACGGUCUCGAACGAGACCUCGGGCUGUCAGGUAACCAGUUCAACACGGCCCUGGCCAUGUUCUUCCUCCUCAACGUCUUGUUCAACAUCCCCGGGAACCUGGCCCUUCGCCGCGUCGGUGGUGCCAUCUGGCUCCCGUCCCUGAUCACGGCGUGGGGUCUCGUCACGACCUUUAGCGGCUUCAUCACGAGCUUCGCGGGGCUCUGCGUCACACGCGCCCUCCUGGGCCUGACUGAGAGCUCGUUCCUGGGCGGCGUCUUGAUCUACCUCGGCUUCUUCUAUACCGCCGACGAGCUCAUUCUACGCGUCGGGCUGUUCUACUCGAGCACCGCCCUCGCCGGUUUCUUGGGUGGCCUGAUGGCCGCCGGCUUCGGACAGAUCAAGGUCUCCGGCUACAUGGGCUGGCCUUGGAUCUUCUUCAUCGAGGGAAUCUUGACGGUCGUCCUUGGACUCGGCCUGCUUUUCGUCCUACCGCACACGCCCGCGGUUGCGAGGUUUUUGACGCCGUCCGAGAGGGAACUCGCUAUUCGGCGCAUGCAGGCUCAAGACCAAUGGCACUACCUAGACACUCCUCGACCCGUCGACGUCGAUCCAGAGGCAGUAGGAGGCGUACGUGCUGGUGAAGAAGCCUUCGUUAACAAGGACUCGCUCACCUGGGUCACGGUAAAGAGGGCCAUAUUCAACGGCAUCACGAUGGCCAUGGCGAUCGGCGCGUUCUUCUCCAUCCAAGCCAUCUACAGCUUCGCCAUGUUCCUGCCCACCAUCAUCGCCACGAUGGGGUACAAGUCUCUCAAGGCGUCGUUGAUGACAGCACCGCCGAACUUGGCGGCGCUGGUCUUCACCAUCAGCAUAAGUCUCUGGAGCCGGCGGUCCGGGAAGACGGCGUUGCCGCUGAACGUCUGCAGCAUCACGGGCAUUCUGGGAUACACACUGCUCAUCAUCGGUGCGAAGGCAGGACCGCGCCCCUUGUUCCUGGAUGCCGACGUCCAAUAUGCCGGGACGUUUCUGGUCGCCAUGUCGGUUAACGCAACACCACCGUUGGCCCUUACCUGGAUGAGCAUCAACGCGUCGCCGCACUAUGUCCGGGCAAUCGCUUUGGGGUUCCUCCUGUCGAUCGGCAACGCGGCUUCGUUCCUUGCUUCUUUUACGUAUAUCAAGACCGAGGCACCGGGAUACUUGAAGGGACACUCCAUCAAUCUCGGGUGCCUCGCGGGACUUCUGCUCGUCGGCAUCUUGCUGCCCUUGUACAUGAAGCGGGAGAAUCGGCAGCGAGAGCAAGGCAAACGAGACUACAGACUAGAGGAAAGCCAAAGGAAUGGCCUUUCGGCGGCAGAGCACGAGUUCCGGCUAGGGUGGAUGCACCCCGGUUUCCGGUUCAAGGUCUAG